AUGGGCUGCGUCUGUGACUCGGGCUGGCGAGGUGUUGACUGUAGUGAGUUGGAUCUCCAGCCUGUCGAGAGGUACACGGGCUAUAACUACACAAACAUCACCAUGGAUUAUUACUAUCGCGACGGAGGCGGAAACUCCUCUUGGGGCGGCCACAUUAUCCAGGAUCGAGAGGAUAAGAAACUCUUCCACCUGGUCGUCGCCCAAUUUCCCUACGGCUGCGGCCUCUCUGCAUGGCGGCCUUUCAGCACGGUCAUCAGAGCUGAGUCUCGAACUGGUCCUCGAGGUCCGUAUCACUUUGCACAGGAGCUGUUCAGUACCUUUCACCACAACCCAACGACGAUAUGGAGCCCCGCCGACGAAAUGUACCUCAUGUUCUUCAUCGGAUUUCCUUGGGAGGUUCCCGACACCUGCAAGUCGACCAAGAGGAACAAUACGAUUUCCGUUUCCAGUUCGCCCGACUUGCGUACCUGGGGCGAGUCCUAUCCUCUCGUCGUCAAUGUUACAAACCCUGCUGGUUGGCCCCUCUGGACGCCAGAAAAUCCAACAUCGGAGAUUCUCUUGGCCGCUGAAAAGAACAACAUCUACCAUUCUGACAGGUGGAAUGGACCGUACGAGCUCGAGGUAGAACCCGGCAACAUUGAAGUUCACCCCAGUCUCCGCAGCGAAGACCCGUUCUUGUGGCGCGAUAAACGGGGUCAUUGGCACAUUCUUCAGCACCACAUGAUCGAUAUCCCUGAGGCAAAGGGACCCCACGUUGGAGCCCAUGCCUAUGCCAGAAAGUGGGAGGGUCCGUGGACGUAUAACAACAUCACGUUGGCGUACAACACGACAGUGGAGUUUACAGAUGGAACGAAGACAGACUACUACCGUCGAGAAAGGCCCAAGCUGUUCUUCAGCGAUGAUGGAGAGAUGACGCCGCUCUACCUUGUGAACGGUGUUCAGGAAUUCGAUUCCAGAGCCUCUUACACUCUGAUCCAGCCUAUUGGAGCCGCAUCUAAAGAGUUUGAGAAGUCUUUGGGUUUUUGA